CUUUUGUACAUCUCUUCAUCUCACCAUGGCCACUCUGGGUGAAGCUAAGCAAAUGAUAUUGGAUCCAGCCAUUAGAGACUGGGUCUUAUUACCCAUUAUGGUGGUGAUGUUACUCGUUGGUGUCCUUAGACAUCAUAUAACUGUACUUAUUACUGGAACUCCCAAGAAGCCACAGUUGAAAGCUGUCAGAGAAAGCAAAGCGUUGAUGAGAGGAUCACAACUCCGAGCUUUCCGAAAUGCUAUUCCACCACACGCUUUUGCAAGUCGCAAAGCAUUCCUUACGGAGGCAUACGACCAAGGCAAAUAUCUCAAAAAUCCAAAUGCGCCAAAGGAAGGUGUCCCUGCGCCAAAUCCAAUGACAGAUCCAGAUAUGAUGGAAGGCAUGAUGGAAGGCAUGAAAAAGCAAGUAACCAACAUGGUUCCCCAGAUGCUUAUUAUGGGAUGGAUCAAUUUCUUCUUCCAAGGCUUCGUCGUCAUUAAGCUGCCUUUCCCUUUGACCUUGCGAUUCAAGUCAAUGCUUCAAAGUGGAGUUGAUACCCGGGACAUGGAUGUUACCUGGGUUUCUUCACUUUCCUGGUAUUUCCUCAACUUGUUUGGUCUUAGCAGUGUUUUCACAUUGAUUUUGGGAGACAAUAACGGUAAUAUUCUGUAUAUUUUGGGUUUGCAUCAUUAUAAUGAGCCAAUUUAUUGACCUCACAAUUACAUUAGCUGCUGGGGCUGGCAUGAAUGAUAUGGCUGCUAUGGGAGGAGGUAUGGCAGGUAUGGCAAGCAUGGCAGCACCUGGACAACCACAAGACUUCAACAAGAUUUUCAUGGCGGAGAAAGAGAACUUGAUGAUCACCUCACAUGACUGGGAGCUGGAAUCCAUUGAGGAAAAAGUCCUCCGUAAGUAUGGUAAAUUCAC